GGGCGGCAGGCGGCGGCGGCGGCGCGGGCGGCGCUGCACUACCGCAACUCGCGGGCCGGCUCGCCCGCCGCGCUGCGGGCGCUGGGCCACGUCCGCAAGGCCUCCGUCAAGAGCAUCCCAGGAAUUGGUCAUAAAUAUUACCUGCAGUUCACUACUGAAGACUACAGAACCAGGCAAAAUGUUGGGAACUGCCUUGCUACAGUGUUCUAUCAGAAGAGAAAAUCUCCGCCUGCUGUCACUAUCAACUGCCUAGAUACCAAAGAUGAAAAGCAAAUCCAAGAAGAGGACAACACUUUUUACCAAAAAAUUAAGCAACAAACCAAACCAAUAAUUGCAAAUGAUAUUCCAGAUAGCUAUGGAAAUAUUGAGCCUGCUCUUGAGCCAGUGUGGGCUUUGGCUGUUGCUGGCAGCAGUUUCAUAAUGUGGGAAAAAUCAACAGAGAACUUGAGUUACUCCAUGGCACAAGUCAAGUCUGUGAAGCAGUGGAUAAGGAAAGAUGAUUCUAUUGAAUUUGACUACACUGUCUUACUUCAUGAAAUUCCAACACAGGAAAUGAUUUUAUGCCACAUGCGUGUCAUUUGGCUUCCUGGUCGCACUCUGAAAGUGAAGCCCUUCUGUGCUUCAGAUAAUCAGUGGUUUGAAGAGGCAUCUGGAAUGGAAUCUGGAUCAGCUGCUGGAAUUUUACAGGAAAAAGAAGAAAAAUUUUAAAAGAGAUUGUCAGUUUUGUCAUUAAAUGAGAAAACCCUUCUGUUAAUAAACCCAGAUUUGUGAUAACUUCUCUAUACAAGUCACACUACAGUGACUUUAGAUGCUUUCACUAGUCUGUUUUGUUCCAGAAUGAAUUUCUGUAAUUUCUUCAAGGGUAAAAGCUCACAUGUUCUAGAGAGCUACCUAAAAAAAUUUUGCUACUAUAUACGUGCAUAGAUAUACAUACACAGGCUGAUUUUAUGCGACUAUGUUACUUACAGUAACAUAGUUUGGGAACAAAGUUAAUAUAUUUGGAUAAAAAUCUUGAGAAAAACAUUAAUCUGUCACUAUGAGAAAUACUUUACUAAAUUUUUUUUUGAUUUUUGGAUAGAUAUAUUAUUUGCUAAUUUUUAACUUUAAUCUCCAAUAAACCAAUACCAUUACACACAGUGGAGGUUGGGUUUUCUUUUAUGACUCACUGGUUGAGCAUAGCUUUCCAUCUUCUCCCAGUAUCUGGCCACUGAAAGGAUGUGAACCAGUGGAGGCAGCGAAACCUCUCCCCACAAGGCCCUAUACAAGCCAGUGGCCAGAGCCUGCAUGAUCCACAGAUGGCCCAAGUCCUUCUGGCGCACAGCUCUUCUCUGCUGCGUAGCUUAGAAAAAAAGGAAGCUUCUCCUCUCAUAUUUGUGAAGUCAACUUAGAAAAUAUUGCUAUAAGGAAAACACAUUUUGUUGUCUCCCCACGUCUGCCACCAGUCUACAACACCGCAAGGGAAGUGUUUGUCAAAAGGAAACUUGCAUCUUUUUGUCUGUUUACAAUUUAGACAAGAGUUCUAGCUGCUAAGCAAAGAUGGACAGAACAGCAAAGACUUUGUACAGAUAAAUUUCCACGUUUGGGUUUGGCUGAGGAAUAGCCCACUGUCAGAAUAUCCAGUCAAUCAGACACUGUAUUUUAAUGACUGCCAUGUCUUUUACCCAUCCUAAAUACAACAAAGUUUUAUUACAAUAACAUCUUUUUGUCCUUUCACACCAAAUUCUCCAUUCUGGGUUUAGGGCAACUCCCACACCCCAAAUGUACUCCCCCACCUUUGCUCCCUAAGAUUAUGCCACACUAUUUUGAGGAGUUUUUUUUUUUUUUUUUUUCCCUUAACAAUAAUUUCUAUCAGGACAAAUUAACUCCAUGUAAUAAGUAUGCCUUACUUAGGGAAGCAGGAGAUGGUCUCUGCUUCUGGGACGGUUAUUUUCUACAACUUGUAGUAUUCUAGGCUACCAGUGAUCUGUAACCAGUAAUGAUGAUUAAGAUACUUAACAUUAAAGCUUUAGCUGGGAGGAUGGAUAAACUGUGUGAUCUUGAUAACCUAAAAUAAUUUAGGCAUUUUAUACAACUGUAUUAGUCUCUGAUAUACUGACUGAAGCUUUUUAUAUCAGCACAUAACACAUUAAAAUAAAUUCAGUAAAACAGCA